AACUAGUAUCCAAGAACAAGAGAAAUGGAACCACAAAUGAAGCAGCAUCAUUAUCUGAUCACAUGCUUCCCGGUCCAAGGCCACAUCAACCCUACUCUCCAGCUAGCUAAGAACCUCGCCGCCCUCGGCGCCACCGUCACGUUCGCCACCACCGCUGCCGGCCUCAAACGCGUGCAAGAUCGCCUCCCUGCCCCCCAUGGCUUGUCCUACGCCUCCUUCUCCGAGGAGAACGUCCCCGCCGGUGACGCCACGGCCUACAUGACAAACAUGAGGCGCUGUGGCUCCGAAAAUCUCACCAAGAUCCUCCAGAAGUCGUUCAACGACGGCAGGCCGGUGACCUGCCUAGUCUACAGCCUCCUCAUGCCUUGGGCUUCAGCGGUGGCGCGUGACAUGCACGUCCCAUCCGCUUUUCUCGUGAUACAGUGCGCCGCCGCCUUCGUCAUCUAUAGUCGAUUCUUCGGCGGCCAUGGAGAGUCAUCAGUUUCUGUGAGCAUACAAGAUUUGCCUACUUUCUCUUCGUGUGAUUUGCCAACAUUUGUGUUGCCUGAAAACCCCACGAAUUCUUUCAUGGGACCUAUGCUGAUAGAGCACAUGCAAGAACUCGAAACCCUUCCAAAAUCACUUGUUCUUCUAAACACCUUUCAAGAACUAGAGCAAGAGGCGAUCAAAGAGUUGGAAAGCAAGCUAAAUGUCAUCGCGAUCGGGCCGUUGAUCUCGACGAACAACUCAUUUGGUGGCGACUUGAGUGAGGAGAGUUAUCUUCGGUGGCUAGACUCGAAGCCGGAGAAAUCGGUUGUGUACAUUGCAUUUGGUAGUUUGGUGGUGAUGAAUAAAGAGCAAAAGAUUGAGAUAUUGCAUGGACUUGUGCAGAGCAAAAGACCAUUUUUGUGGGUUGUUAGAUCAUCAGAUAAUGAAGAGGAGGAGGUGAAGAAGAUGGUUGAAGAUGAAAUGAAAAAUUGUGAUGGUAUGAUAGUAGCAUGGUGUUUGCAAACGGAAGUGUUGAGUCAUAAGUCCAUAGGUUGUUUCGUGACGCAUUGUGGAUGGAAUUCAACUCUGGAAGGUCUGGUCUGUGGAGUCCCGUUGAUCGGGUGCCCACAUUUUUCUGACCAGACCACGAAUGCUAAGCUCGUGGAAGAGGUGUGGAGAAAUGGGGUUAGAGCGAGGACGAAUGGAGAAGUUGUCAUAAAAAGAGAAGAAUUAGGGAAAUGUUUGGAUGUUGUGAUGGGUGAGGGAGAAAGAGGUAAAGAGAUCAGAAAAAAUGCAAGGAUAUUGAGAGGCAUGGCCAUGGAAGCUGUCAAAGAUGGUGGGUCUAGCUACAAUAAUUUGAGAAAAGUUAUAGAGAGUUUCUGAACGAGAGGUUUUGGAUCGAUGGAGUUGAAUAGACACUCAUGUAACACGAUGAUGUAUGUAUUUUAGUUGUUCACAUUCUUGGAUUAUUUUAUGCUUUAAUUAAAUUUGAUAUAUACAAUUAGGUGA